UGGGCAGACAUAAAGACUUCCACGUUAUUUUUUUCCGCUCUCAGUUGCCUAAAGACUGAAGUGCAGGUAAAAGGUGUUUAAAGAGGACUUUAUCUCGACUGUAGCUGCGGAAAUCAAGAUUAUGUUCCUGUCAGAGAUUCAGACGUAGCGGAGAAUAAAUCCGGAACGAUCUCCGUUUGUGUAUGGAGGGGCAGGGACUCCAACCUCAUGCCGUUUGUUUUCCGUGUAGAGGAUCUGCUGUGUCUUGGGACCGAUGCAGACGCCUCCUCAGAUCUUCUCGGUCAGUGCCUGCUCUUGGGUCAGCAGAUUUUGUCGCUUUCAAGCUGAUUCCUUGGAGGUACCUGAAACCAUGUCAGUCAGCGUCCAUGAAAACCGCAAGUCAAGGACGAGCACAGGCUCCAUGAACAUCUCGCUGUUCCACAAGCCCUCGCAUCCCGACAGCGUCCUGACGCACCUUAAUACCCUCCGCAAACAGUGCAUGUUUACAGAUGUGACUUUAUGGGCCGGAGAUCGUUCCUUUCCUUGCCAUCGGGCGGUUUUGGCAGCUUGCAGUCGCUACUUCGAAGCGAUGUUCAGCGGAGGCCUCCGUGAAAGUCUGGACAGCGACGUCAACUUCCGCGAUAGCGUGCACCCAGAGGUCCUGGAGCUACUUUUGGACUUUGCUUACUCGUCACGGGUCAUCAUCAACGAGGAGAACGCAGAAUCGCUUCUCGAAGCCGCAGAUAUGCUACAGUUCCACGAUAUCCGCGAUGCCGCUGCAGAGUUCCUCGAAAAGAACCUUCACUCUUCUAACUGCCUGGGUAUGAUGCUUCUGUCCGAUGCUCAUCAGUGCAAGCGCCUGUAUGAACUCUCGUGGAGGAUGUGCCUGGUUCACUUUGAAGCUGUUCGGGACACUGAAGACUUUUACGGAUUGUCGAAGGACAAGCUUUUAGACCUGAUACUCAGCGACGAGCUGGAGAUCGAGGACGAGCAGAUAGUGUUCAACGCGGUCAUGCGCUGGGUCAGGUAUGAUUUAGAUAGUCGCAGAGACUACCUCCCCGAGCUUCUCCGGGGAAUCCGUCUUGCGCUUUUGCCCUCAGAGUGCCUCAUCGAGGCCGUGGCUUGCGAGGAACUGGUCAUGUCAGACAAGCGGAGUCGGCAGAUCGUCGAAGAGGCCAUCCAAUGCAAGAAGAAGAUCCUGCAGAACGAUGGAGUCGUCACCAGUCCGUGUGCGAGGCCACGCAAAGCUGGUCACACCUUGCUUAUUCUUGGAGGCCAGACCUUCAUGUGCGAUAAAAUCUACCAAGUGGAUCACAAAGCAAAAGAAAUCAUACCCAAGUCGGACUUACCCAGUCCAAGAAAGGAAUUUAGCGCGUGCGCCAUUGGAUGCAAGGUCUACGUGACUGGAGGAAGAGGCUCGGAAAAUGGCGUGUCAAAAGAUGUUUGGAUAUACGAUACGGUCCAUGAGGAAUGGUCUAAAGGUGCGCCCAUGUUAAUAGCACGAUUCGGUCAUGGAUCCGCAGAACUGGAAAACAGCCUUUAUGUAGUCGGAGGUCACACCGCUAUAGCCGGCGUCUUUCCUGCUUCCCCUUCGGUAUCUUUGAAACAAGUAGAACGUUAUGACCCUCUGACCAACAAAUGGACCAUGAUGGCGCCGCUCAGAGAUGGCGUCAGUAAUGCGGCAGUGGUCAGUGCUAAGCUAAAGCUGUUUGUUUUUGGUGGGACUACCAUUCACAGGGACAAGGCUUCCAAAGUCCAGUGCUACGAUCCUCUGGAGAACCGAUGGACCAUAGCAGCGGAAUGUCCUCAGCCGUGGCGGUACACCGCAGCCGCCGUGUUAGGAAGCCAGAUUUUCAUCAUGGGCGGUGAUACGGAGUUUACCGCUGCUUCUGCUUACCGAUUCGACUGUGAAACCAACCAGUGGACACGUGUCGGAGACAUGACGUCUAAAAGGAUGAGCUGCCAUGCCGUAGCCUCGGGGAACAAACUCUAUGUGGUCGGAGGCUACUUUGGGACACAGCGCUGUAAGACACUGGACUGCUACGAUCCAACGUCGGACAGCUGGAACAGCAUCACUACAGUGCCUUAUUCGCUCAUUCCUACUGCUUUUGUUAGCACCUGGAAGCAUCUGCCUGCCUAGCAGUCUCAAAAUGGAGGAUGGACUCGAAUGAGGUGUUCACGUUUCCAGACGACGUUACCGAGCGAGCGGGCGAGUGUGCGUGCCAUGUCUGCGCUUCUAAUAAUCAAACGGAUAAACAAACGAAGAGCGUCUCGGAUCGCUUACAGAGAGGAUCUCGUCAGUUACCAAACAGGAGGCGUGAACACACGCUGACCUCUCGCACCGAAAGGUUUCUGGGAAAUCCGUCACUUUUGACUUGAAAAUGCACAUUCUUUGGCGACACGCCUGUACUACCUUCCAUAAGUAAAAAAUAAUAAUAAUAAUAAUAAACUGUGAAGCAAAAGUGAAGCCUAUGGAACUCGACAGCACAACGUUCUCAAGGACUUUUGGUUACUGGAGAAAUGCAUCGCGGUUCAUUUGUUUAAAAAGACGAUGACUUUGCACACACACUACGAGUCGAUGAGGGUUGUUUAACGUUAAAUCAAACUUUAUUUCUUUGAAUACGUGUGAAGAUAAAGGCAUGCGCCGAUAAUCGGUUGUACGAUAUAUCACGAUAUUGAGCACCGUGUCGAAUUUUCUUUUCAGCUAGACUCGCACAUUAAAAAUUCUCCAGAAACGAUUUGCCUAGCCAGCAGUAACGCAUCACCUAGUGUUAAGCUCCGCCUCUUCUCGAUUUCCAUUGGUCGCCACAUUUAACCCGUCAGUCAUUCCUGCCUCCAUCCACACAGCGAGAAAAAUAUGACGCGGAGACUCUCUACCGUGAACAUGUGCGAUGCGGCUUGUUAAAUACAGAAUAUUUGUAAAUACUGUUUAACGAAGCGUCUGUAAAUAUGUCGUUUUAUAAUCCUGGCGAGCGUUAACGAGACACUACAGAUGUUUGCUUACGGUUAAAAUGUGGCCCGGACCCACGACAGAUGACCGUCUCGCACGUUAUCGUGAGCAUGUUGUUAAGAAACGGACGAAAACGGUCACGUUCGAAGAAACUCCGGUGCCGUGACCCGGGUGAUCGAUACAAGAACACUAUUUUAAAGCAUGUGAACAGUGUUGCGCUUUAUAUUGCGACGUAUCGUAUGAACGAUUAUCAGCGCACGCCUUCUGAAGGACGAGGGGAGUUUUUACAGGAUUUUUAUAGGAUGUGAAAUUUAGACUGAGGAAAAUGUUUUAUUUUAAAGUUUAAUAAGCGACUUUUCCACUUGGAAAGGCACAUUUUUGGGACUGUGUGUUAUUGAAGAUUGAACUCCUGCUCCAUGGGUUUUUCCUUCUUUCUUUUUUUUUGGCUGUUAAUCUGCUCUGCUGGAAAGUUGAAGGUUUGAAAUAAAUGACUUCCUGAUGCUUGUGA